GAUGCCGGAUAAAGUUUGCGCGCGGCGCGGCAGAGCAGAGGAGCGAGGACACCCACGCGAGUGGAAACUUAACGCCGACAUGGGCACCCUGCGCGAUCUGCAAUACGCGCUCCAAGAGAAGAUCGAGGAGCUGCGCCAGCGCGACGCGCUCAUCGACGAGCUGGAACUGGAGCUCGACCAGAAGGACGAGCUGAUCCAGAGGCUGCAGAACGAGCUGGAUAAGGCACGCCCGGUUAACACCGAGCUGCACUCGGAGCAGCAGCGCACCAAGAGGCAGGCCAUCUCGGCCGAGCCCACCGCCUUCGACAUCCACGAUCUCAGCCACGUCACGCUGCCUUUCUACCCCAAAAGUCCACAGUCUAAGGAUCUGAUCAAAGAGGCCAUCCUGGACAACGACUUCAUGAAGAACCUGGAGCUGUCGCAGAUCCAAGAGAUCGUGGACUGCAUGUAUCCUGUGGAGUACGGAAAGGACAGCUGCAUCAUCAAGGAGGGCGACGUGGGCUCGCUGGUGUACGUCAUGGAAGAUGGGAAGGUGGAGGUGACAAAGGAGAGUCUGAAGCUGUGUACCAUGGGGCCCGGGAAGGUGUUUGGGGAGCUGGCCAUUCUUUACAACUGCACCAGGACUGCCACUGUCAAAACGCUGACAAACGUGAAGCUGUGGGCAAUCGAUCGGCAAUGUUUCCAGACCAUCAUGAUGCGGACGGGUCUCAUCAAGCACACGGAGUAUAUGGAGUUUUUGAAAAGCGUGCCCACCUUCCACAGCCUGCAGGAGGACAUUCUGAGCAAGCUCGCCGACGUCCUUGAGGAGACCCAUUACGAGGACGGCGAGUACAUCAUCCGACAGGGGGCCAGAGGAGACACCUUCUUCAUCAUCAGUAAAGGAAAGGUUAAUGUGACCAGGGAGGACCCACCCAACGGAGAGCCCGUCUACCUGCGCAGCUUGGGAAAGGGCGACUGGUUCGGGGAAAAGGCGCUGCAAGGGGAGGACAUCAGGACUGCCAAUGUUAUUGCAGCAGAGGCGGUCACCUGCCUCGUCAUUGAUCGAGAUUCAUUUAAGCACCUGAUUGGAGGCUUGGAGGACGUGUCCAGCAAAGGCCAUGAGGACGUCGACGCCAAAGCCAAGUACGAAGCCGAGAAUGCUUUUUUCUUCAAUCUCAAUCUGGCCGAUUUCAACAUCAUCGACACUCUGGGUGUUGGCGGCUUUGGCCGCGUGGAGCUGGUUCAGCUCAAGAGCGACGAGAACAAAACCUUCGCCAUGAAGAUCCUCAAGAAGCGGCACAUCGUCGACACCAGGCAGCAGGAGCACAUUCGCUCGGAGAAACUCAUCAUGCAGGAGGCCCACUCGGAUUUUAUUGUUCGACUCUAUCGAACGUUCAAGGACAGCAAGUACCUCUACAUGCUGAUGGAAGCCUGCCUCGGAGGAGAACUGUGGACCAUUCUCCGAGACAGAGGUUCAUUCGAGGACUCGACGACCAGGUUUUACACAGGCUGCGUGGUGGAAGCCUUCGCCUACCUACAUUCCAAAGGCAUCAUCUACAGAGACCUCAAACCGGAGAACCUUAUCCUGGACCACAGGGGUUAUGCCAAACUGGUGGACUUUGGUUUUGCCAAGAAGAUUGGCUUUGGGAAGAAAACGUGGACUUUCUGCGGGACGCCCGAGUACGUAGCGCCGGAGAUCAUCCUGAACAAGGGCCACGACAUCUCCGCUGAUUACUGGUCACUCGGAAUCCUCAUGUUUGAGCUUCUGACUGGCAGCCCUCCGUUCUCCGGCCCUGAUCCAAUGAAGACUUACAACAUCAUCCUGAGAGGCAUCGACAUGAUCGAAUUCCCAAAGAAAAUUACCAAAAAUGCUGCCAACUUAAUCAAAAAGCUAUGCAGGGAUAAUCCUUCUGAACGACUGGGAAACUUGAAAAAUGGUGUCAAAGACAUCCAAAAGCACAAGUGGUUUGAGGGCUUUAACUGGGAGGGCUUGAAGAAGGGGACACUGACACCUCCUAUCAUCCCCAAUGUCACAUCAGCAGUUGACACGAGUAACUUCGACAGCUUCCCAGAGGACAACGAGGACCCGCCGCCCGACGACAACUCCGGUUGGGACGUUGAUUUCUGAAGCUCUCCUUCCAGCACCCCGUGGAACCAAAAGAAACUCUUCUUUUGUUGUUAUGGAGGCCAUGCAGCGGCCGUGGAUACCCGGUAAAAGAAACAAAAAAAGCAGAUAUGAUGGAGAAGAAGUCGAUUUUAACGGAGGGAUGGCAAGCCCUACUUGGGUCACCGAUAUGCCUUUAUUUCACUGCGGCCCCGGGUCAAGCAUUUAUAGUGGGACAGCUGUAGCACAUGUUCGGUGUUGUCUUACACUCGGCUCUAAGGCGGAGGAAGUGCAGGGAUACACACGCGCGAGCGCGCGCACAAAAAACAUGGCCGGUGACGCAGCCCGGCGUUCCCACGUGACGAGCCGGCGAAUGUUGCUGGGGUUUUUUUUGUUGUUGUUAUUGUUUAUUUUUAGGAUAAAUAAGCGUGUGGAAAUGUGAAAUGUUGUGUUCUGAUCAUCGCUUCUCCCGUUGUACAACAAGUGCUCUCGACUAACCUGAAUGUCACCAAUUGCCACAUUACAUAGUAUUGAGCAUUUUAAAGGAGACAUAUUAUGCAAGUUUUUUUUUUUUUCCCUCGAUUAAAAAAAUUCCCAGGUGUCUUAAUGGAAAAAAAAAAAAGAAAUACAGCACGCUUGAUAUCCAUCUGUUUAAAAAUUGCUCCGUUUUGGGUUACGUCGUUUGCAGGGCGACCAGGGUCAGAGUUCGGACAUUCCGACGAGGGCUGAAACGGAUUGUCGAGUAUUUCAAAUUCCUUGGUUAAAAAAAAAAUACUCGAGACAUUUUUUCUGCCUUGAGUACCCGCUUAUUUACAUGUACACUGUCAGGAUGAAGAAGUCUAGCUAACCGCAGCAACAAUUGUUCAUGCUGUACAUGACAGGAACACGCUAUAAGAAGGCCAACUUCAAGCCUUCAACCUUACGGGACCAAGUAAUGGACUCAAUGCCUUAGAGCGCUUUUAUGUUGGAGUUAUUACACAGUAACUGAUCACCAGUCCGAUCAAAAGAUGGACCAAUCUAUUGCAACAACUUGCCUAUUUACUGCACAGGUAAUACACAAACACACCCAAAUUAGCCGAAAAGGCCAUAUCUCCACCAUAAAAAGCAAAUAUCCACAAAGACCAUAUUGGAUUUUCACUUGUGGGAGCAGCACUUCAUCAACCAAGCCACCGAACGACACUUUGCCAAUUAGCAUAGCAGCUCCUGUAACGGACACAUCCAAAGAGAAAUACCGCCCCCCCAAGUCGACAAGAUAGCAAUAAGUAUGCUCUGAUUUUCAGAAGCUAACACUGUUAGCUAAUGCUAAUCUAUUCUGUGCGAAGACUGCAGUUCUGCUUACCCUUUGGCUUAGACAUGAUACGCUUCUCUGUCAGAGUUCACUUUGCCCCUACGAACCCAAUUUCAACAGCAUCAGUGCCCGUUUAAUGAAAUGACGCCUCUGUGUAUGUGGAGGUGGUUUGGGGGAAGCGGCAGUAAAACAGGCCAAAAUUCCAGAUGCAGGGCAAGAGACUUGUGUGGUUCAACCGAAUGGGAAAGUUAAGAAAUAAGUCUUAAAUCAAGAUUUAACACGUUCUAUGGAGGUAACCACUCUAAUUUAAUGAUCAGGCCUAUUUGCGAAGACUGGGGUUGUGGAGUAUUGGUAUACAGGAAUUAAAAAGUCCAGUUUCCAUAAUACGUCCCCUUUAAAGUAUAUUGUGAACACACGCACACACAAACACACACACACACACACACACACACACACACACACACACACAAAAGCACAUAGGCGUGUGCAGUCAAAGAAAGGAGACUCUCCAAGUGCCCUGUUUCAGAUGUCAACUAUCACACAGCUGACACGGGAAAUAAUAUUUUCAAGAAGUAAUGUGUUGUCCAUGAUGGACUCAGAACACCUUUAAUUUUCCCGUUAAAUAAAUCAUGAAGUAUUGUUUGGAGCUCCAUCACGCCUGUACAGCUCGAACUGUGAAAUCGCUGUCAAUGUCUUUGGUGCUGUUCUUGAUUCAUGACCACAAAAAAAAAAAAAAAAAGAGACGGUGAUAGGACAGUACGAUUUGGUGGGAUUUUUUUUGUGAAGUGAUUUCUCUCCUUUUCCCGUGCUUGGUUUCUGU